AUGAUUCCUCAUAUCCUCCUCCACCUCUCCAUAUUUGCGUACCUGGUAAUAGCGGAGAAGCGCUGCUAUUAUCCUAGUGGCAAUCUUGCAGUUGACGAUGUGCCUUGUUUCUCGCGUGAUACGGACUCACCAUGUUGCUCUAAAGACUCGAUUUGUCUUAGCAAUGGGCUUUGUUAUGGAAUGGCCCAACCAUUUGCACUGAGUCGAGGUAGUUGUACAAAUAAGGAUUGGCCAAUAGAGGGUGGAUGCGACGAUAAGUGUUCUAAGGCUACCGCCUUGCGCAAUGGAGGGUGCGCACUGCCGUUGUUUCGUAUUGAGGACAAAAAGUCUUACUAUUGCGCCAACUCCAUCAUAGUCGGUCCGUCAAAUGAGCUGGCAUGUUACGCCGGUGCCCCUUUCACACUCGAUCCUGCGGACUUGGUUUUGGAUAAGGCCCUGCUCGCCAAUUACACUUCUGGUGAUACUAGCUCAAACUCCACAUCGACUUCGAACACAACCACAUGUCCUACAACAUCCAUCAGCGCGGACAAGGAUGGGGAUGGUCCAACAGCAUCAAGCAGUGCGGACAAGGCUGGAAAAGUUAGCAACGAUCUCGCGAUCGGAGCCGGUGUAGGAAUUCCUCUGGGAGUCCUGCUUCUCGCCGCGCUGGGCUGGGCAUUCUUUGAACGGAGAAAACGGCUCUCUGCUCAGGCUAUGGUGGCGGGACUCCAAUCCCAGGCUGCUGUGACAUAUCGGGAAACGCAAGGACAGACAUCGGUUUAUUCCCCUCCCAGUGAGCUCUCCACCCAGAAACCACCCCAAGAGCUAGCAACUACCUCCACUUAA